ACGGACCUUACGUCCUUACCUGUUGUUUUCCUCACCUCCCUUGACCCGUCGACCGUCGUCCCAUGCUAAAGCCCAGGGUUAGGAGCUAGAGGUAAUCUCUCCCUCUCUCCCCGUCUCUACCCACCAGUCAAGCCCAGUGGGGGCGCCGCGCGCAUGGAAGCGAUGGACGUCAAGUACAAGCCCGUCAUGUUCCCCAACGGCGCCGCCUUCAAGAAGGCGAAGCCGGCGGCCGUGGCGCCGGCCGGGGAGCCGCUGUACCGGGAGUGCCUCAAGAACCACGCCGCGAGCCUGGGCGGGCACGCCGUGGACGGGUGCGGCGAGUUCAUGCCCUCGCCGGGGGCCAACCCCGCCGACCCGACGUCGCUCAAGUGCGCGGCGUGCGGGUGCCACCGCAACUUCCACCGCCGGACGGUGGAGGGUUCCCCGCCGCAGCCUGCGCCCGCGCCGCUGGCGCUCCCGCCGCCGCCGCCGCCGCCGCCGAGCGUGCUGCACGGCCAGACGCACCGCGGCGGGGAGGAUACGCCCGAGGACCGCCACCCGGGGGUAGUCGACGCCGACGACCCCGAUUCCGACUCGGAGGGCUCGGAGUACGACGAGGAGCGGUCAGUGUCCCCGCCACCGCCGCACCACGUGCCGGCGCCGGUGGCGCAGCAACCCCCGCCGCCGUCAUACUUCCCGGCGGCGGCGCCGCACCAGCACAUGCUGCUCUCGCUUGGUCCUGGCGCCGCGGUGGCGGCCGCGGCGCAGAGGCUGGCCCCAGCCCAGCUGACGCCGUCGAGCGCGCCGCCUCCCGGGGGCGCGAUGCCCAGGAAGCGGUUCCGCACCAAGUUCACCGCCGAGCAGAAGCAGCGGAUGCAGGAGCUGUCAGAGCGGCUCGGGUGGCGGCUGCAGAAGCGCGACGAGGCCGUCGUGGACGAGUGGUGCCGCGACAUGGGCGUCGGCAAGGGCGUCUUCAAGGUCUGGAUGCACAACAACAAGCACAACUUCUUGGGCGGACACAGCGCCCGCCGCAGCGUCUCUGCCUCCUCAGGCGCUGCUGCGCUCCUCCAAACCCCAUGCGCCAACGCCGGCGCUGCUGCACCGUCAUUCAACCCGUCCAGGCUCACCCCUCCCCCUCCCGUCCUCACAUCGUCCCCGACCGGCUUCAACAUCAACGGCGCCGCCUCCUCCUCGCCGCCCACCGUCACCGCCGACCACACGGACAACGCCAACGGAGCUUCAUCGCCGCACUCCGCUUAAGCUAGAGAGGAGAGGGAAGCGAGAAUGGAGAGACAAACAUGCUUAAUUUCAGUGGUCACUUGUUUUUCUUUCUAUUUAGACCUUCCAUCUAAGAAAUUAGCCCCAACAAAACAUGCCGCCAUGCGCCAUGCCUAGAAAUCCAAGCUUCCUCCCCUGUACUUUAUGCUCUUGGGAUCUGAUGAUGAUGUUGAUGCUGAUUUAGGAUUAGAUUAUCUCAUCUCAUCCCAACCACAAAAAAGGUAGCCUCCUUGGUGGUUC